GCAACCCUAAACAAUAUAAUAAUGCUUAUAACCAGUACAUUACAAAUAGUAAUAGUUAAAUUGACUAAUAAACAAUUUCAUAAACGUAUAGUAUUGUAAUGUAAAAUAUAUAAUAUACUUGUGAAGCACAAUGCGUACGAAAGUGAAAACUAAUAUCAAUGAAUUAUUUCACAAGAAAAAAGUUUUGAACGUGUGUGCACCUAUGGUUCGAUAUAGCAAAUUACAGUUCCGUAAUUUAGUUCGUUUACAUAAUGUAGAUCUAUGUUUUACACCAAUGAUUGUUGCAGAUUCAUUUUGCCGUAGUGAGCAAGCACGCCAAAAUGAAUUUACUACAGAAAGCGGUGAUACUCCAUUGAUUGUUCAGUAUGCAGCGAAUUGUCCAGAGGAUUUUGUAGCAGCAUCUCAAAUGGUAUAUCCUUAUGCAGAUGGAGUUGACUUAAACUGUGGAUGCCCACAGAGGUGGGCAAUGCAAGAUGGUUAUGGAUGUGCUCUACUUACACAAAGUGAUCUCAUCAAGGACAUGGUUACCUCAAUACGUAAUAAAUUACCAAAUUCAUUUAGCAUAUCUGUGAAAAUUCGUUUAUUAUCUAGCAUAAGGGAAACUGUUGAAUUGUGCAGACAACUAGAACAUUGUGGAGUAACCUUCAUUACAAUUCAUGGCAGAACACCAUCACAAAAGACUGAACCAGUAAAUGUUGCAGCAUUUAUUGAAGUUCAAAAGUCGAUUGCAAUACCAUUGAUAAUAAAUGGAGAUAUUAAACAUUUGGAUGAUGCUAAGAAAUUAGCUUCUCUGACAAAUUGCAAUGGAGUUAUGGCUGGAAGAGGAAUAUUAUCAAAUCCAUCACUUUUUGAUGGAACAAAUAAAACAACUGAAAAUGUAAUUCAAGAGUGGGUAAAUAUUUGCAAUGCUGAAGGUAAUAAUGUAAGUUUUCAAACCUAUCAUCAUCAUUUGGUUUUCAUGCUUGAGAAGGUGUUGCCUAAAAGAGUUAGAUCAGUAUUUAAUUCACUCUCAACUAAAACAGCAGUUACUGAAUCCUUAGCAGAUUUAUUUGGAAUAAUACCACAACCUAUUAAUUCAUCAAAUAAGGUUGAUUGCUAUUUUGAAGAUUCAUAUUAUAAAGGGCAAACAAAUAAGGUCUGUGAUAAGUGUUGUAAGGUAAAGCAAAAUUGUUCUUGUUUAAAAUUCAUUUAUGAUUCAAGUGAAAAUGGGAAAUAUUUUUAUGAUGCUUGUGAUGAUGAUGACAGUGAUGGUGAUAUGUAUUUAGGGAAUACUUUAUUUGAUCAAUGAGUUUUAGAGUAAAAUGUAACUUAAUCAAUAAUCUAUUUUUAUAAAAC